AUGAAAAGAGGCUGUUAUUGGCUGCGUGUUCCUUUUGGUGAUAAGCUGCCUUGUCCUUUUCUUUAUCAGCAAAAACUCAAACAGAUCCUUCCGGGUAUCAUGGGUAUCUUGUUUGUGGCAAAGCUUUCUGGAUUGAUCCAUUGUCGUCAAGAGAAGCACAAGGCAACGAAUCGACCCAUCUCUUUGACAGCGGCUUUUGAUCGACCCUCGUCAUCUUCGUCAUGGUCCACUUGUGAUACCCUCAUGCUACCGGAAUUUGGACGGCCCUCUCCUUCCUUCAUGAGAACCAUGCAAACGCUCUUGGAAGAUCCAACAACCGACUCUUGCCCUGAUCCUGGCAUUGUUCCUUCUUAUCAAGGUGUGGAUGAUGUCGAUACAUUGGUUCUUGUAUGCACACAUGGCAAGCUUGUCGAUGAAUUCAGGAUGAUGGUCUUGGAGGAGAAAAAGCUACUCACUAGCAAAGGUGGCAAGGUCGAAGCAUGGGGUAUCAGCCCUUUGGAGGUCUUGGAGGAGGUUAUCAUGCUUAUGGCAUGCCAUGUCGCAAGGAUCGUCAAGGAGCUUUGGCGUGGUGCAGUGACCCCAUCCAUAUGCAUUAUAGUGGAAGCAGAAAUUAUCUAG